CCACUGAGAAGAGCAAUAAAUAACCAUCUGGCUUCCUGUUUAUACAUACGCAUAUCGCGAUGGAGGCCUUAACCUUUUCUGCAUAUAACUUUGGCGGAUAUCCUGGUUAUUUCCCCUUUUACCAUGGGAAUCCUAAAUUUAAACAGCAGCACUGGAACAAAAAGGGUGGUUAUGGUGCCAUGCCUGAGAUUCCUGAUUAUUUUGAAAUCUACAAACGUGCUCAGUUAAAAGCUAUUUUGUCGCAAGUGAACCCGAAUUUAACUCCUCGCCUGCGUAAAGCCAACACCAAAGAGUUUGGAGUUCAGGUGAAUCCGAAAGUAAACGCCACAGUUCAGUGCUCUCUGGGACCUAAAACGCUGUAUUAUCGCGAGGACAAAUGGGACUCUCCGUUGAGACCCAGUCUUCCCAGCACACCGGUGAACAAUGUGCGGUUCUCACGUCCGGUUGCGAUUUACUCCCCGGUGUUUGACCGCAGGUUUUUCUCAAUGCCAGCACGUGCUGAGGAAUUGGACAGGGAUGCAAUGCUAAGCUGCUCCGAGGAAGAAAAGUGCGCAGAGAAAGCAGAGACCGAAGCUGAAUCUGUGCGGGGGAAAGAGCGUCAAUGCGCCGCUUUCCAAAGUCGCGCGCCUACAAGGUUUAACUUCCAGUUCCUGGAGCAGAAAUAUGGCUAUUAUCACUGCAGCAAGUGCAACAUUCGUUGGGAAAGCGCGUACGUGUGGUGCAUCUCGGGAACCUGUAAGGUUUACUUCAAGCAGCACUGCAGGAAGUGCCAGGCUGGACUGAACCCGUAUAGAGUGGAAUCCAUUCAGUGUCAGGUUGGGUAUGUGCACGAACACGCUGCUGCUGUGAGAGAAAGCAGAGGCACGUUGACAUUCGGCGUCCUCACCGCCAGGACCUGUGUGGCCGCUGCAAGGGCAAGAGGCUGUCCUGUGACACCACCUAUAGCUUCAAAUACAUAGUCUGAUUAUCUUUACCCAAACCCUUUUUAUAAUAUUGAUAUGAAUUUUUCUUAUGUGUUAAACUUAAUAAAAGGUACUGCAGCAUAACAUCA